AUGUCGUCUCCGUCACUCUAUUACUCUAUUCUUCACGUCUACUCUAUUCUUCACGUCUACUCUGUUUACUCUAUUCUUCACGUCUACUAUUUCUUUUACGUCACUCUAUUCUUUACGACUAUUUCUUCUCAUUCAUGUCUUCUUCUAUACAGACACGCUGUACUUCAAACGGUCGGCCACAGCAUCCAAAAACUCCGUCGUGGUCACAUACGCCUCGCGGUUUGUUUUGCCACAGGCCAACGCCAAGUCCUUGGUCAUGAUGCCGUCUUCUUGCACAGUGGCCACCGUGGCCUUUUCCAACGUGCUGGCAAAGUCCACCACGUCGCUGGUUCCGUCAAGACGGCCUCUUUGCGCAAUACCACGCGACCAGGCGAAAAUCGACGCAAUGGAGUUGGUCGACGUUUCCUUGCCUUGCUGGUGCUGUCUGAAGUGGCGGGUGACGGUUCCGUGCGCCGCCUCGCUCUCGUAGGCCUUGCCGUCUGGAGUCAUCAACGCCGACGUCAUGAGGCCCAAAGAGCCAAAUCCUUGGGCCACAAUGUCGGACUGCACGUCGCCGUCGUAGUUCUUCAAGGCCAUGACAAAGCCGCCCUUGGACUUGAUCAUCUGCGCCACCAUGUCGUCGAUCAAACGGUGCUCGUACCACAAGCCGUUCUGCUCGAAUUGCUGCGCGUACUCCUGCUCGUAGAUGGCCUGGAAAAUGUCCUUGAACCGCCCGUCGUACUUCUUCAAAAUGGUGUUCUUGGUCGACAAGUACAACGGCAACUUCUGGCUCAACGCCAUCUUGAACGACGAGUGGGCAAACCCUUCAAUGGACUCGUCCGUGUUGUACAUGGCCAACCCGACUCCGGCCGACUUGUAGUCGUAGACGGUGUGCGAAACAGGCUCGCCGCCGUUCUUGGGCGUGAACACGAGCUCCAACUUGCCCGGCUCCGAGAUCACCAAGUCCGUGGCCUUGUACUGGUCGCCAUGCGCAUGUCUGCCAAUGACAAUGGGUUUUUCCCAACCGGGGAUCAAACGGGGGAUCCGCGGGAUGAUGAUGGACUCGCGGAACACCGUGCCGCCCAAAAUGUUGCGGAUGGUGCCGUUGGGCGACAACCACAUCUUCUUCAAGCCGAAUUCGGCCACACGAGCCUCGUCCGGCGUGAUGGUGGCACAUUUCACGCCGACACCGUACUUUUUGAUGGCAUUGGCCGCGUCGACGGUGAUCUGGUCGUCUGUUUUGUCACGGGCCUCGAUGCCCAAGUCGUAGUACUUCAAGUCGACGUCCAAGUACGGGUUGAUCAACUUGUCCUUGAUGCGGGCCCAGAUGAUUCUGGUCAUUUCGUCGCCGUCCAAUUCGACAAUUGGGUUGGCGACUUUGAUUUUGGACACGGGCGCGGACGCGGAAAAGAAGCGCCGCGGAAUGCUUUGGCUGGCUCUCAACAUGGAAAAGUGGUGGGUGGUUGGUAUUUCGGCGGUAGGUAUUUAUGUCGAUAUUUCGGAUAUCUGGUGCGGCCUGUCGCCGGUAUCGGCGUGAGUCAGCGGUGUAUGCAGGAGAGAUAA